AUGUCGAAGGAACAAUUGGUCACUUAUCAAUACAAUAUGAAGGCCGAGUCUCAAGCAGAGAACAUGAAUGAGGAACAAACCUACGAAUGGGAAAGCAUAACAACAGAGCUAAACAUCACAAAACCAGUGAAUGAGAUUCAAAUAUGUGACGUCCCAGGCAAGAGUCUCGACAAACUGGGAAAAAGGGAAGCAUUCUACGAAAUGUACGCGAAACGGAUGGGUUUCGGCACAAGAAAAGAUGAUGUACGACAUUCUCAAGGAGUCAUUGUAAUGCACAGGUUACGAGAGAAUACCAUGUCAACUUCGAGAUGUCUACAACAGGGUUGCUGGUGCCAAGCGAGAAGAAAAGAUACAGACGGACUCGGAAGGAGCGUUGGGAUUCUUGAUUGUCUCGCAGAGAGGGAUCCAAAUUUCUUCGUUGUAUAUCAGGUGGACGAGGAGAAUCAGUUGGCUAACUUAUUUUGGGCAGAUGGAAACUCACGUGUCGACUAUGUGGCUUUUGGGGAUGUACUAGUGUUUGAUACCACCUACAUGACAAAUGAGUACAAUAAGCCUCUCACUGUUCUCAUUGGCAUAAACCACCAUUUCAACACAUGCAUCUUUGUGUUCGCUCUCCUCCUCCACGAGAAGCUUCCAUCCUAUUGUUGGCUACUUCAAAAAUUUCUCGAAUGCCAUGGAGAUAAAAAGCCAAAUGUUGUAGUUACUGACCAAGAUGUGGCCAUGAAACAGGCCAUCAUGGAACACAUGUCUGAUGUUACACACCGUCUAUGUGCUUGGCAUCUCAAUACAAAUGCUUCCAAAAAGGUUAAAGAUCCGAUCUUCUUGAAAAGAUUUAAAGAUCUAAUGUACAACUACUACGAGGAGGAGGAUUUUGAAGCAAGAUGGUUAGACGUCGUCGAAACCCAACAACUAAUAGUUAAUGAAUGGUGCCAAACAACAUUCAACACAAGAAAACAGUUGGCAGAAACUUAUUUAAGGGGUUCAUUCAUUGCAGGAAUGAGAACCACACAACGUUGCGAAUCGAUCAACUCCGCCCUAAAAAAAUUUUUAGAGAAGAAUUAUUGCUUGCGUGAAUUUGUAACAACCAUAGAUAUGACAGUCUCAAAGCUCAGACACAACGAGACUGCAAAUGACUUCAAAAGCAGAUGCACUCGACCUCACCCACCUAAUCCUACAUGA